UUCGUAUACUAGUUAAUAUAAUUUAUUCUGCUCAAAUAAUGAAAACGCCUGAUAAUUAAAUACUUGACCGUAUAUUUCAUUAUGGACUUGUAUUUUGAAACAAGUCAACCGGAAGUGGUUGUGGGUAUUUGUUUUGCAUCGUUUUUAUCGUCAAGCUUCCUGGAGCACCGGUGGCUGAGUCAGUUUCGCAGAGCGAAAGCUAAAGAUGGUUUUGGUUUUGAUUUUGAUUUGUCGUUAAUAAUUUAUUCAGACAGACAUGAAUGUGAUUAAGACGAGUAGUGAAUCAGUUCACGAGAGGAGUCAUUUAUGGGGGGAGAUCGUGAGAUUUUCCCAUAAAUAACGUAGACUAGCUGAAGUUACUGUCCUGUAAUCUGCUCAAUAACUGAUUUGAACCAGUUCGUAUUAUUUAAAUAUCGCGAUCGAUAGUCAUUCAUCGUUGUUAAAAUUUCGGCAUCAGAAGACGUGCGUGACGGUGUUUAAACUCCACGAGCGGUGCAGAUAUGGGAUAACAGCAGUAAUCGGAUUAAACGGCUUUAGACUUCACUUUUGUACACUAACUGUUUGCAUGUUGACAUGGAUCAGAGGAGUCAAGAGAGUCAAGGGAAUAUGGAAGAGGUGAAGAUAUGUGAUCCAUCCAUCCUUCCGCAAUAUCUUGAUCAGACAGAUGCUGCUUACUCCGAUAGUGACGUCCCAUCAGAAAACCAUUGUGUGAAUGAAGAUCACAGGAUGCCUUCAGACCCAGAGGGGCUCUUGGUGUCAGCAGACCCUACAUCAAUAGAGAGCAGACAGCCACAAGAGCUUUUAACAGAUAUGCAGAAGCUCCACAUUGAUGAAGACCGGUCUCUGUGUGCCGGGGCUUCGGAGACUGAUUCUGGGAAAGCGUCUGAGGACUCUGCAUUAGCCGACAAUGGCCACGAUGACUCGGGUGAGUUUGUCGUAACCAUGUUAGCCCGGGGUAAAAUGGAAGAGCAGGGAAUUGGUAUGAAAGGAGCUUCGCCCCCUCUAUCUGAGACCGGCACACCUCUGGGACCUCCCUCGCACAGGAAUGAGGAUGUGACGGCGGAGAGUUGGAGACAGCACAGGAAGCAUGUAUUUGUGCUGAGCGAGGCUGGGAAGCCCAUCUACUCCCGAUAUGGAAGUGAGGAGGCCCUGUCCUCCACCAUGGGAGUGAUGAUGGCCCUGGUGUCCUUCGUUCAAAGCGGAGACAACAUCAUUCGCUCCGUCUACACUGAUGAGCACACGGUUGUGUUCAUGCAGCAGGGUCCUCUGGUGCUGGUGUCCGUCUCCAGCAGCCGUCAAUCAGAGCAGCAGCUCCAUAACGAACUGCUCUACGUCUACAACCAGAUCGUCAGCAUGCUCACGCAGGCCAGCAUCACCCGCAUCUUCGAGCACAAGAAGAACUAUGAUCUGCGUCGCCUGCUGGCCGGCUCGGAGAAGAUCCUCGAUGGCCUCCUUAACCUUGUGGACUCAGACCCCAGCUUCCUACUCUCCGCCGUGCACUGUCUCCCCUUGGCCUCGUCUCUCAGGGACUCCCUCAGUCAGAUUCUCCAGAAGGCCAUCACACCCAACCUGGUCUUCUCCAUCCUCAUAGCCAAGAACCAGCUGCUCGCCAUAGUGCAAGAGAAGAUGGUCAUCGACGAUGCCCGACUGGAGCCUGCUGACCUCCACCUGCUACUGAACCUCAUCGGGGCCUCGUCCGCCUUCCAGGCUGGGGAGAUCUGGACGCCCAUCUGCCUGCCCAGUUUUAACCCUGACUGUUACUUUUAUGCGUACAUCUCAUAUCUGGACCCUCCUGAAUGUACUGUUUGUCUGGUUCUUCUCUCCACUGAUAAAGAGGCGUUUUAUUCGGUGGCCGAGUGUAAGAGGAAGAUCGAGGAGGCUAUGCAAACGCAGAAUGCACUCAACUCCAUAGCGAAAGCUCAUUCGUACAGCGUUAGUCAGGUGGGAGUGUCUGACCUCAGGCAUUUCAUGUACAAGCCUUUUGAUGUGCCCGACAACCAUCGCCAGCUAACACAGUUCACCAGCCCAGAGAUGGAAGCGCCGUACAGCAGUGAGGAGGAGCAGAUGAGACUCCUGGACCUGUACAGAGACAUGCACGGCCGAAUCCACAGCACCUCACGCCCCCUCAAGCUCAUCUACCACGUGGCCGAACGUGAGACUCUGCUGGCCUGGGUCACAAGCAAAUUCGAGUUGUAUACGUGCUUCAGUCCCCUUGUCACAAAAACCUGUGGCAUCAAUGCCAUCACUAAACUGCUGCGCUGGAUCAAGAAGGAGGAAGACCGUCUGUUUAUCCGAUACCCUCCAAAAUACUCCACCACCCCUAACCCCAGUAAGAGCUCUAAAGGAGAUGCACACUGACCAGACCUGACCCACUGCGUUCUGACCACUAAAAUAGCAGGACGUGCAUCUCUGCAUUCACACUUAACUCAGUUUAGUAAAACAACGGAGAUGAUUCAACCAAAAGAUCCUAAUCUACCGUGGGUUAAUAAGUUAUGUAAAACUGCUGCUUUUGUUUUUUUGUCUUUGACAAUUUGACAGACGCAUCUUGGACUGGAUCUGAUUUUAUGUGGAAGAAAAACAAAUCACAUUUUGUGAUCCUUUUAUUCCAGAACAUUUUGAGCUUUUCAUAGCAAAGGCCCAAUAAAAUGUGGAUUUUUUCCUUCUCAACUGGUGGCAGUGAACAAUUAUUGAAGCUAUAACUGAAUUGUUUUACUUUAUAGUAAAAUUGAAUUGCAUAUAGAUUAGAUGCUAUUAAAUUAACAGAUCAAAUCUGGUUUCCCAGUGAUGAGCUGUUCAUCAUGGUCUAAACCACUUUCUGACAAAGUCUCUAAUUUAGCAUGGCUGCUUGAGCUGUGCAUUGUCACAUUGCACCUUUGUUCUUUCUUGUGAUGUAUUCUUUUAGAGGUUUUCUUUGCCUUUUUGUCUUAUAUGGUUUUCUACUUGAAACUGAACAGACCAAACCUUGCUCCAUUUUAAUGAAAGAAAAUAUCAUGAUGUAACAUAUCACCAGAUCAUAAAAUUCUGUCUUUACUAUGGGAUUAAUGUACUUUCAUUUCUGUCUCCGUUAGGUUACUGCACAGCAUGUGUGGUUUACUGUUGUAUAUAUUUGUUUGCUUCCUGUUUGACAUGCCAGUCAUGAAUCG